AUGGAGUCAACGGACAUUGUCUUGUCACCGUCCGUGGUGAUGCGUGUAGGUCCUGAAAAUAUCCGUUCAAUUAUUCUAUCAAAAGAGAAGGAAUUGCAUGAUAUUAAUGCGUAUCGUAUAUGUACAUUAGAGACUCUACUACGUGAUAAAGAAAGAGCUGCUAAGACAGCAGAAGAAAGGCUUUGGAAGCUACAAGAGGAUUCUGACUACAAUUUGAAGCUCUUGGAAGGACGAGACGAGGAGUUGGCACGGAUUCAUGCUCAGUGUGACUUGCUCAAGAACAGUCUGAAGGAUAGAAAGACUGAAGUAAGUGAGAGUAGAGAGAGAGAAGUAAAGAGUCAAGCAGAGCUGCAAAUUGCCGAAGAACGAGGACAGGAGCUCCAGUUGCUGUACCAAGAGAAGCUACGGGAUGCUCAUAUUCAAGUCACAACGUGCAAAUUGGACGGCGACGACGACGACGACUUGAGAAGCCAACACGAGGACGUUUUAGAGACUCAAAGACGCAAUUUUGAGCAAAAAUUGAGAGAAAAAGACGACGAGAUGGAGAGACAACGGAGAGAGCUGACAGUGACGUUUGACAACGUCAUGAGACAACGGGAGACGGAGUUGAAACGAGAAAGUGAGGAGCUACGGACAAAGGUGCGAGAAGUAGAGCUGAAGAACAAGGCAUUGAUCGAAAACACCGAUGCACAAUGUGCAAGAGUGGAAGAAGUGAUGACGAAGAAUGAAAAGAUGCAGCAGGUGAUGGACGAGAAUGACAAGAAAAUGAAGGUCUUGGAGUGGACGGUGGCGGAUGUAAAAGCUGCGAAAGAGACCAAAGUGGAAGAGCUGGAAAACAAAGUGGCGAAGUUGGUUGAGGUGAAGCAGCAACUACUGGUUGAUCAUGAAAGCAAGACGGCGGACGUGUCACAACUGCUGAACUCAGUACAGAAUGCGUUCGUGCAGCAGAAGACACAGCAUGAUGAAAUACUACAAUGUCUUUUGGAGCGGAAGAAAAGCGGCAUGCAGGAAGCAGACACUAGGAGCGAAGCGAAGCUAAUAAUGCUUGAUGAACACUUACGUGAAAAGGUGGAGGUUUUGCAAACUGAGCUGAAGCAUGUUAAGCGGGAUGCGGAUGACAAAUUGAAGGACAUGGAAUGCGAGGUGAAACGUGUACAGAGUGCACUGCAGGAACUGGAAGGCGAAAAAUUUCGGAACUGUACUGGCGACCAUGAGGCUCAACCGCUUCAUAAAAGAUUGCAAGAGUCAGCAAGACAGAUAGCCUUGUUGCGAGAGAGAAACGAUUGUUUGUUCCGUGAGAAGGAAGCAGUAGAAGAGCGGAUGUUUUGCGCUGAAAAUGAAGUGCAACGGCUGCGCUCUGAGUUGCUUUUAUCACGGAAGGCAAGUGCGCUUGUGACGACCUCUUUCGACUCUCAGCAUGUAGCGGCUGCGGCCAGUUCGGCUACCCGCAUAUCUUUGGAGUCUGUAGCAGCCGCUCCCUCACGUCUUUGUAGUGAUGCUUCGGGUACACUUUGUCCAUUACCUCAUGUGUCACCGCAUCGAACGAAAGUGUCACUACUACGGCCCAAAGCAAUUGCAGCGAGAAGCGCCAAUGCGAUCGAGACGAAGAACGCAAAGUUGCGAGAAUUGAUUCAGCACAUGAAGCAAUCACUGAUUCAGCAAGCAGAAGAGCUGGAAGCACUUCCGCGACGAGCUGGUGGCAGUCAAAGUACCUUUACACCGAAUGUGGAUCUACUUGAAGCGGAAGAAGGUUGUGUUGCAGUCGCGACACAAGACAAAAGCUCUGGUCCUGACAGCAGUAUCUCUCUGCAGCAUGAGAGCUGUAAGAGGGAGCUUGCUGAAGCAAAGCAAUCCGUCAAGAGAAAAAGCAAGCAGAUUGUCGAGCUGGAAUCUUACAUCAGAGAGAUAGAGAGGGUACGGGAGACAGAGUCGCAAUGGCAAAGCAGGCAUGCUGCUGUGGAAGCUCAACUAACCGAUCUAAAUCGGAAGCUUAGCGACGCAAAUUGUGAUAUUGAUCGUCUUGUUAGGGAUCGCAGUCAGCUAAUGGAGCUGAGCAACCAGUUACGUGCUGAUUUACAACGGAAUACUAAUGACGCAGGAGCAAGAUGGCCAACUGUUUGCGUCGACUUUGCAGGCAAGAAAGAUUACGACAACUUGAUUGCAGUGCUGACGCAGUCAUUAGAGGAGUCGCAGAGCUACAACAAGACAUUGAGGAAGGAGCUUCAUCGGAUGAUAACAUUGCAAGUCCAGCUUCACCGAGAGCGAGAGUCUUCAAGCAUAGAGACUGACGAUUGCAAUGCGACGAGGAUGUCGAAGCUCGAACAUUAUUCACGGAUGGCAAGUAGAGAAAAUAUCGAUAAUAGCCGUUGA